AUGCAAUAUUUCGUAAUUCAUACCGACGAUGGCACCGGGCAUUGGAGACAAAAGCGGUGUACGUCGUAUCAUAUUCAGCUGAUGCUGUCGUUUAUUGGCGUCAAGCAUGCCCACACCCAGCAAGUUAUCGACCGGCUCAUGACGCAGACAAACUGGAUACCCGACGAUGAGCAAAUGAACUUGGCCUUUCUUUUGACGAAAAUUCGCCAGCUGUUAGUUGACCUUCACUACGCCAUUCCCAUGUCCGAUCUAGAAAUGGCGUGGCGCAUCAUGAACAGAGAAGAAUCCAUCUGCAUUUUGCUGGGUGGCACGUCUGGCUGCGGUAAAUCCACACUAGCUAGUCUUUUGGCGCAUCGCAUUGGCAUUACGACGGUUUUAUCCACGGAUCAUGUGCGUGCUUUGCUUCGAGGUUUCGACGCUGAAAAGUCCUCACAGUUAUUGUGGGCAUCCUCCUACCAUGCAGGUGAAACGCUGGGAAGUAGUCAAGAGCCACUGAAUAUUUUAGCGGGCUAUGAAGCUCAAAACGAUCUAUUGCUGGACACGUUGGACAAGAUGAUUUCAAGUUUCAACGAACGAAAGGAAUGUCUCGUGAUUGAGGGUGUAGCGCUAUCCAUUGAAAACAUGCGAAAGCUCGUUCAAAGACAUAAAAACUGCAUUCCAGUGCUCAUCUACAUCAGCAAUAAGCAAAAACAUGCGGAACGAUUCGCCAUUCGUGCAAAAUACAUGACGGUCGCGCCUCGUGCCAACAAAUAUAUCCAUUACUUUGAUAAUAUUCGCCUGAUACAAGAAUACCUGUGCCAACAAGCGGAUGAAUGGAUGAUUCCCAAAAUAAAUAAUACCAACGUGGAUAGAAGUUUGGCUAUUUUACAUACCACCAUGAUCAACGUUUUAUCUCGCAUGCAAACCCUUAAAAAGAGUUGUCUCCUUGAAGAAACGUCGGGAAAACCACAAUUGCUGUACGAAGAGUUUAGUAAAGUCUACGAUCUGACAUGGAGUUCAAAGAAAAUGCUUCGCAAGAUUCGUCAAAAUACUGGUAAAUCGCACAAUGAAUCGAAUGCCGUCUCCAUCAAUCGAUCACACAGCCUUCCUCUGCCGCGGCCUCAGACCGAUGACCAUGGCUCCCCUAUAUCGUCAAAAAGGAAGUCGUCCGUUCAGCGCUCCAAGAUCCCUCUAUCCGUUACAUCGAAAAAGGGCGCUUCCGGUCAAAAAUAUUUGGAAUUAAGCCCCUCCAGCAGCACACCGGAUUCUCAGCGAUUAUAUUCAAACGAUCUGGAACACCUCGAUGAGACAGCUUGGGGCAGUUUAGCAUCUUAA